AAAAAAAAAAAAAUGUAAAAACGAUUACUUGCACAAAUUGAUUGUUUCAUUUCUCCGCAGUCCGCAUCCUCUAGCUUCCUCACCUGUCUCUCUUCUAGGGAUAAAAAAGUCGAUCACCAUUUUUUAGUUCUCCUGAACAACGAAAAAAAGAAGUGCGAACUGUGCUAAGCAACCAUGAAUAUCUUCAGAUUAGCCGGUGAUAUGACUCAUUUGAUGAGUAUUUUAGUUCUUCUUCUCAAAAUCUAUGCUACCAAAUCUUGCUCCGGGAUUUCGCUCAAGACUCAAGAACUCUAUGCACUGGUGUUUUUGACGCGGUACUUGGAUCUGUUCACGGAAUUUAUCUCUGUUUACAACACUGUGAUGAAGGUGGUAUUCAUUGCGAGUUCUCUAGCAAUUGUUUGGUGCAUGAGGAUGCACCGAGUUGUGCGGCGUUCGUAUGACAAAGAACUUGACACUUUUCGGCACUACUUUCUUGUUGCUGCGUGUUUUGUGUUGGCUCUUAUUUUAAAUGAGAAGUUUACAUUUCAAGAGGUAUUCUGGGCAUUUUCUAUAUACUUGGAGGCAGUUGCUAUUCUUCCCCAGCUGGUAUUACUACAGCGAAGUGGAAAUGUUGACAAUUUAACAGGGCAAUACGUGUUCUUUCUUGGAGCAUAUCGCGCACUCUACAUUCUCAACUGGAUUUAUCGCUAUCUGACAGAGCCACGAUUUACUCGAUGGAUUGCUUGUUUCUCUGGUAUCAUCCAGACAGCUCUCUAUGCCGAUUUCUUUUAUUACUAUUUCCUUAGCUGGAAGAACAAUGCGAAACUUCAGCUGCCAGCCUGACCAAGCAGGGAUGUGUAAAGUGUUGGGCUGAAGUAUUGUUGUAAGUGUUUGCUCAAAGUGGUAGAUGAAGAACUCGCUGCUUGCUAAUACCUGUGAAGAGGGGACGUGAUUAAGAGCUAUUUUUUAUUAGAGAUAAUUACUCAUGUUUGUAGAGGUUUUUUGUUUCUAAAAUUUCUUCAGAGCCUUCUCACUUCUUCUAGCAUGAUGUAAAGAUGUUGUUGGGAAGGCAAAUUCCAGAUCUGCCUGACAAGAUGUUUUGUAAUAAUAUCCUUUGCAAAAUCACUCAUUUUUCUUUGGUUGGACCUUA